AGCAUUGGGCGCGUCGCCGGCGUGGUGUGGAAGGGGAGGGAAGGGUAAAGGAAGUGGUGGGGGAUGGCGGCGGCGGCGGCGACGCUCCGGUGGGUGCUGCAGCUGCACCGGGACGUGCCGCGGGCGGCGCGGUUCUACGCGGAGGGGCUCGACUUCAGCGUCAACGUGUGCACGCUCCGCUGGGCCGAGCUCCAGUCGGGGCCACUCAAGCUCGCGCUCAUGCACACCAACGACAGUAAUCUUGCAUCGCAGAGAGUCUAUUCUUCAAUGCUGUCCUUCACUGUACCAGAUAUCAACAGUACAGUUUCGAAAUUAAUGGCACUGGGAGCUGAGUUGGAUGGGUCAAUCAAAUACGAGAUCCAUGGAAAAGUUGCAGCCUUACGAUGCAUCGACGGGCACAUGCUAGGUCUUUACGAGCCAGCUUGAAGAACUCAUGCUACAAGUAAAGUAACGAAAAGCUCCUUUAAUCUCUCUGAAAUGGCUGGUGCAUGCUUAUUCUUCCGGACAAAAGAUCUUUUAACAUAAGUCAACUGACUGGGCCUCUUGUAUCUGAAGUGCCAGAGCUCCGUUUUGUUAGUAAAAUCGUAUGAGAGACUGUAGAUAAUUUACAGCAACCAAAUAUUUAUCAUUCUCUGCCUUGUACUGCUGGUAGUGAUGCACAUGGUCCCAAAGUGAGUACACCUAGCAGAUCAGGACGGUGGGUUGAAGCCAAGUUCAUCCAAACUAGUAUCUUCAGUGGUUCUCCUUGGUCAUGGCCUGGACUUACCCAUUAAGAUGCGGCAGUGUAUCUAGUUCAAGUUUCAUUUUCUGGUGCAGCCUUGUUCUGUCACUGUUCAUUCAUGGAAUUAUAUCACCAUUGGGUGCCA